UCCGUCCAACCACUGCACUGGAUACAAUCAUACAAUGACGACUGUACAGCGAGAUCUCAUCCUACCACCAUCUUGAUCUCUUCCUUCUCCUUCGAGAGCUCCAUGCUCUUUGCUGUAUACUGAUUUGGAUGGGUCACACUCUCCCCGCCUCCGAUUCCGUCACCCUUCUUCACGCCAUGUCCCGCAUGCGUGAUCUCGAACACCCUGGUGCAAGCUACAUGGAAAUGGCUCUGUCGGACCUGAUACAUGACCUCAUUCAAGUCAGCGGAAGUCAGCCCCAUCGACCCAUAUGAAGACAUGAGCGCAGACUGGAGAUUGUCUUCUGCAAAGUGCCUGAACGGGCAGCCUGGAUCGCCGCCAGACGUCAGAAUUUGUUGGCAACUAAAAUACGUGCUUUAGCAGAAAGCACUGGACAGCCAAGGAAGCGGAGCAUACUUCUUUGCCGGAUAGUUUGCCCUUUUCCCUUCGAGGCCGUAAGUGUGCCGUAUGUUGUAACGAUACAUUUUGUUGAACGUGUCGUCGGUGAUCCUGUCAAAUGACUUGCGCCAGAAGACAAUCGCCUCUUCCACGGAAAGCCCCAAUACCUGUGAUUCACAUGAGCCACAUGAAGGAUUAAUUAUGAAUGCAAGCAA